GAACUAAUCAAGAGGUAUGCCAAGCUACUGCUGUCCCAGACAGAACAACGUGACAAAGAAACGGACGACUACAGCCUGAGUAAAGCAAUAACUCUUCUAACUAUAAUAUCUAAAACACUUGAACAGGAUCAUUCAUGUUUAACGCCGCAUCAAUACAAAGUCCUGAUAGACGGUAUGACACCUCCUUUAAACGUUGAAGGACAAAAGAAGUUUUGCUCUCAGUUCCAACGCUUACUUCAACAGUCGAUAAGCAGGGAUAAACUGAGACAAACAGUGACCAGAUUUUGCGAAACAUCAAUGGAGGUGUUACCGGUCAGAGAAGCUUAUUGGCUGUUUUGUAUACCAUUGAUACAUUUGCUCUCUGGCCAAAUGCCGUUUGAAGUUACCAGGUUUAGUUUGGAAGAGAAGCCUCGUUUUGAAGAUAAAGGUUUAGAUGAUAUCGUCAAUAAGACGGCACAGCAACUCGGGAGUAUAAGCCAUUUCCCUUUCUUGGAAAAUCACCUAUGCUUUUUUAAGUUGGAUACACUUCUACCAAGUACUCUAACGGCUUGUGUACCGGCAGGAAAAUUGAUGAUUUUCUUCAAGGAAAGACUUUGGGUGUCACGUGAUGUGGUCAUCGCCGCAAUUAUGAGGCACCUUUGCAAGAAUACUAAGGUCGACGCAACAUUUGAAAAUGACCUGUGUCAUCUCUUGACUCAUAUGGCAAAAGAUAUGUCGAAGGAAAACACCACUUUGCCUGUUAGCAAUAUCUCAUCAGAUGAUGAACUAGCAGAAAAAUACACCACUGCUAGACAAACGCGUCGAGCAGCUGAACAGCUGUGUGAUAUUCUGAACCAGCAGGAGCAUCCCAUCGGAACGCUCAUUGAUUCACUACGUUUGUUUGUCGUAGCUGUAAGAGAGCAAGGACGAUUAAUUCCCUUAUUAAAGAAUACAAAGGGUGACGCAUAUAAGAUGACGGAGUUAGACGAACCUUUUUCUAAGAUAAUGCUUGUGACUGAACAGUUGUUUACACGAUGUGAGGGGAACAUUGAAAUACUUGCUAAGACCGCAGACCGAUGCAUGGAUUUUGAGAGGAUUGGUGUAUCAAGCGGAAAUAGGAACAUAAUGGCAUUAGUGAAAACGUGGGAAACUUCCAUAUGCAAUCACUUUCGCCAAAGCGUAGAAAAGGUACCAGCGCAUUCUCUCUUAACUUAUUACUGCAAAGCUGACAAACACUCAGUCCAAUUAGACGGAAUCCUCACAGAGAUACUAGAAGAAAGAUUAGAGGAAGCCUACAACCACAAUGAUGGAAAAGACUUUUGGAAACUAGGACCUGCGUUUUGGAGGAUAUAUUCAAAAGUGUUGGAGAACAAAAUGAAAAGUCUUUCUCCCAGAGAUGUACCACUCUACUGUACAGUUCUGGAUUGGCGUAUUCUUCUUCCAGGAUUAAACAUGCUAGUUAAACGCAAGACGUUUGGCGUAACAGAAGAAGCGAUGGAAAUUCUAGUAGAAGUCAGGGCAGCGAUUACGUCACUGAUUGGAAGUCUCGACAGUGAACAAAUUCUUGUCAGAGACUUAAACGUAAUCAAAAGUAAAAGAAUGUCAUUUCAGACGUUUGCCCCAGUUCUUGGAUACAAGUUUUCUGCGAUGGAAGGAAGAAUGCAGUCCUGUUUCGAAGCGGUUGACAAAUUUAAGAUCACAUGUGAAAGUAUUUCCAGUUUCUUGGAAACUACCAACGAAGAGAUUGAAGAAGAAACAGAACUACUUGACUAUCUAAAGAUCUGCGACAACAUCACUAUUAAGACAAUCAGACAACUCAAAGAAAAACAGAGUGAUUUGUCCAAGCUUCUUGGAAUAAGUUCAAAAGAGCUACGGAAGAUUACAAGCUGCAUGGAAAGUUUGAGCUUCAGAAAAAUAUGGAAUGACAAAAAGUCAAACAUGAGCAACCGCCUUCAUUCGGCAACUGAAGCAAGACGUACGUUCAUAAGAACUUGGAGUGACCUAAUGCACUGGGUGUGGAAACCAACAUUCCAAGAAUGGCGUAAUUUUGGACAUUGUAUUCAAACUGGCGACAUCACAUUGGAGGAGGUUACUGGAAAAAUAGGAAUACAAAUUCAGAAUAAAAAGGACAUGACAAAUCAACUACGAAAAGAAUUUGCCAUUUUAGACAGAGAGCUAGAACAUUUACGACUUGCUGAAGUCACUGAAAAAAGGCUUACAGCAAUAAAUGACGUGUUUGACAUUCAGAACAGUGUAAAAAUUUCUGAAAUCAUCAUGAAGAUCAAAGAAACAUAUGGAUUUACUGGAAAUUUUUCCAUAAUAGCCGCCAUGAUGAAAAUGGAAAAGAAAGGUAUCGUCCUAAGAUUAGUUGAUAGGAAAACAGUCGACCUGAGCAAACUGUUGGCGUCUCUUCCUCCUACAAUGUACAAGUGUCUUAAAAGUUUCAACAAAUGCCGAAGACUUGUUGAAUGGAUAAAGACAACUAUGAAAGAACAGAAUGAUAUCAAGACGUUUGUUGACCUUGCACUAAUGGCUAUCGGAGAGAGUGACCUUGACAUUGCGGUUGUUCGCUGUUUACAUUCUGCAGCACUUGGUUACUCUCGUCUCAUCUUCAUGCCAACACAUUCUACAGUGGAGGACUUCCUAAUCCGACUGAAAGAUGUACAAAUGGCGUUUGAAAACGACCCACAGCUACAUAAAAAACUCGAGGACGCAAAGGCUUCUGUCAAUAAACUGAAGUUCAUACACACCACACAACGUGCAACAUCAGACAAAAAGUCUUUGAAGCAAGCCGGACAAGUUAUCGAGUUCGGAACCUGUUACGUGGGAUUCCACGGAGGAACUGAUUUGGUACUACCUAACGUCAUACGAAUAUGCGUUCAAAAUGAGAAAGAUGGUGAAAUCAAUUUCAGUUUUGCGGACUUGGAAGACAUCCAAAGUCGUCUUAUGUUAGCCGGCAGCUCCGAAGACUUGAAAGAUCCAAAAACAAAAGACUCCAUGUCAAAGGAAGAAACAAUAGAAAAAUUCACAAUGAUUUUUGAUAGUUUAAGACGGCUUGGUUUGGUAUACAUACGUCUCAAUGAACUAGGAUGCCUAUUCUUUAGCCAGAUGGAUGUAGUUGUAUGCGGACAUACAGGCGACAGAGAUGUAUGUAAGUUAUCGUUCUGCGGUAAAGCUGCUUUAACAGUUGUUAAACAAGAAAAUGACACACUGGAUAUGUCUGUUAUUGUGAAAAACAUAGCAGGAGCUUUCGAAAAUUGUUUGGAGACAUGGAAUGAUGAAAUAAAAAAAGCCCGAAAAGACUUCUACUUUUUAAAUCAUUUCACAACCAAGCAAUUAAUACUGCUUCAAGACAUUGUCAAUGACACAUCCAGCGAACAGGUAGGACAGCAUGUUUUACCAUUGUUAUCUCUUGUAUUGCCGGGAUGUUCCCGGAAACAAAUGACGACGGCGUUUGAAGAAGUCUUUACAAAGGAACGUCCACGACAAGCAGGACCUGAAACAAGUAGUAAACCUAUAUUCACACUUCUUACCGACCUGGUACACGAGAUGACCGAGGAAGUAAACGGCACUUCUAACGUGGAACACAUGCUUGAAAUCUUCAAUACUUUAUGGGAAGUUUUUGUGACAACGUUGACUGAUACGUCAUCUGAUUUCCUGAGCUUAGGGCGUCUUGGGGAAAUUUUAACCAUUCUUGGUCAGAAAGUACCCAAGGAAUACCGUAUAGACAGGUCAUUACCAGAACCACUGAGGAGAGGUGAACCAAAUCUCAUUGUCUGUCCUGAAGCGGAUAUAAUCAAUGCGUCAUUGUCUGUUUACUUGUUGGAUAAAAACACUACACGCAACCCACUUCCAAGACCAGAAGAAAUUCUGAUGUGUACAAGUGAAACAACUCUUGAUGAGGUGGAAGCCUUCUUCAGACGGUCUCUGCAAAAGCACCCAACAAAGGAGAAGAAGAUUUACACAAUGAUGUAUGCAGAUCAACUUAGUAUUGAUGUUAGCUGUGAAGCUGAGACUAUUCUGAAAAAAUUGCAAGCCGGAAAAAAGAAUGAAUUUCAAUUGGUAGUACUGAGUAGCAAAGAGAAUGAAAACAAAUCGGUGAUGGCAGCUGCUUUGGAAAAGUACCGGAGAUUGUUUCCUGUCCUUUCCUCAGACAUAAAGGAUUAUGUGACAAAGAAACUCGUCCAUGACGGACGCUCAACAGUGGAUGUUGUAAUAUCAAAACGGGCCGGACAAGGUAAAACCCUCUACAAAAACAAAAUCCUGAGAGAAUUAAGGAAGACGCAAAAUACAGACAUGUGCUCCAUAGGCAUUCCAAUGAACGAGCAAGCAGUAGAUGUUGAACAAGUUAUGUCUACGUUACAUGAUUACAUCGGUAGUUCCGAUAAACGCCUACUUCAUAUAGAUAUUGCACCAGUGGUGCAGUCUGGUGUGGAUUAUCUGAUCUUUCAUCUGCUUAUUGUCGGCUGUCUGUCGUCAAGAUCCGGAAUUGUGUGGCUGAAGUCAGACAAAGAUUUAUAUGUUGUCGAAUGUUUGCAAUCGUCUAUCAUGCAUACAGAAGGGAAGCCAUCUGUGGUGCACAAGACGUUGUGUAUUUUACCGACAAAACGAUGCAUUUCACCACGUGAAUGGCUCAGUCAUUCAUACAAGGAACCACAAGAAAUGAUAGUCGGGUUCUGUGAAGAGGAAUAUCGCACAAACACUUUCCAAGUUCCAUAUGAUCACCUUCGCCGGCCUAGAGAGGAGAAAAGUAUGGAACACUGUAUUAGCACGCUGCUUCGGAAUUGCGGCGUUGGAGAUCCCUCUUGGGCAGAGUUGAAGCAGUUUGUGUCGUUUUUGCACGUCCAGUUGACAGAUUACAAAAAAUCAAUUUUUUGUGACCCUAUGGUUGAGCCUGACUUACCUGGAUUUGCAAACUUCGUUAAACGAUUCAUGAUUCAAAUGUCACAGGAUUUUGCAACGCGAUCCCUGCACAUGAGUGAAGAAUCAUUUGAACAAGUAGAACGACAACAAAACGCGAAUCAAGAUGGCUUGCAGCCAUUUCAAAUGAAACGAAGAUGGGAAACGAGUCCUCAUCCAUAUCUGUUUUUCAACGAAGACAAAAAUACUGUCACAUUCCUUGGAUUCAAUCUACGGAAAGGACAACAUGAUCUGUAUGAUUUAGUCGACAACCAGAAAGGCAGUAAUGGAACUAUUUUGGUACAAGGUAUCAUGCACAAAGCCUUAUACGAUUCCUUAAUCAGACAACGCGUUCCACUCGAUGAAAACAUUGCUGAUCUCCCAAGAACACAACGACUCGAAAAACUACGCAGAGUAAUGGGAAUAAAAGAAAAUGGUGACCCCGACGCUAGCUACGAGCUGACCUCGGACAAUAUGAAGAAAAUUUUGGCAAUUUAUAUGCGUUUCCGGUGCAACAUACCUGUCAUUAUCAUGGGAGAAACGGGGUGUGGAAAGACAAGUCUCGUAAAAUUUAUGUGUCAACUACAAUGUCCUGCAACCGACGUUGUCCGUAACAUGAUUCUGAUGAAGGUGCACGGCGGAACUACUAAAUUCGAUAUCAUCAAAACAGUACAAAAAGCAGAUCAAAUUGCCGAAGAAAACAAGAAGAAAUAUGGAUCUGGGUUCCUCACGGUUCUAUUCUUUGAUGAAGCUAACACGACAGAAGCAAUCAGCUUUAUUAAAGAAAUUAUCUGUGACCAGACAAUGAACGGAAAGAAAUUAGUCGUGACAGAAAAUCUCAAGUUUAUAGCAGCUUGUAAUCCUUACAGAAAACACUCCGCGGACAUGAUCAAAAGGCUGGAAAAAGCGGGUCUGGGUUACCAUGUCAAACAAGACGAGACGACCGACAAACUCGGACACAUUCCUAUGCGCCAUCUUGUUUACCGAGUACAUCCCCUACCUCACAGCAUGCUACCUCUGGUCUGGGACUUUGGUCAGCUGAAUCAAGAUAUGGAGAGACAGUACAUCACACAAAUGGUUGCCAAGCAAACACCUUUGCAGAUUUCUGGAAGAGCGAAUACUGCCAGCCAAAUUCGACGUAUUAGUGCCCUUGCUGCAUCUAAACAAGAAGACACAGUGGUUGUUUCCAUUUUACUCGCAUCGCAGUCCUAUAUGCGGGCUCAAGAGGAUGAGUGCAGUUUUGUAAGCCUGCGAGACGUUCAGCGAACACUUCAGGUCAUGUCCUGGUUUAUAAAUCAGGGCACACUCUUGAGAGCUAUGGAGGAAAGGAUGACAAACAAGGGCAAUCCGGCUUUUGAUAGUAUUGGGACAAAGACGAGAGCUCUUGUACUGGCAUUAGGUGUGUGCUAUCUUUCUGCGUUGAAAGAUAAAGAUAAAUACAUAAAGCACAUUUCCGCAACGUUUAGAGGUAACUGUUUAUUGCCUGGAGGAGCCGGCAGAUUUGAACAGGAAAUACGGAUAUGUCAAGAAAUCAUUUUGGACGAAGCCACAAUAGGACCAAAUAUUGCAAGAAACCAAGCCCUCAAUGAAAACGUUUUCAUGAUGACAGUAUGCAUCGAGCUGCGAAUACCUCUGUUUCUUGUCGGUAAACCAGGAAGUUCCAAGUCUCUUGCGAAGGCUAUUCUUGCCGACACCAUGCAAGGCGCUGCUUCAAAAAAGGAUUUGUUCAAGACUUUCAAACAGGUGCAAAUGGUGUCCUAUCAAUGCAGCCCCCUUUCAACUUCUGAAGGAAUCAUACGAACUUUCAAGCAGGCUUCAGAAUUUCAAAAAUUACAGGACCUUCAGAAAUUUGUGGCGGUUGUCGUUCUUGAUGAGAUUGGACUCGCAGAGGACUCACCUCAUAUGCCCCUAAAGGCAUUACAUCCGCUGCUAGAAGACGGAACAAAUGAGGAUCUGUUGCCACAUGAGUCGAAUGCCUAUAAGAAGGUCAGCUUUCUGGGAAUUUCAAACUGGGCCCUUGAUCCAGCGAAAAUGAAUAGAGGAAUUCUUGUCCAGAGAAACAUCCCGUCUGUUGAAGAAUUAAUAGAGAGCGCUAGGGGCAUUUGUGAAACCGAUAAAUCAGUCCAACAAAGAGUAGCACCAUAUCUAUCCCAGGUGGCAGGAGCUUUCAGCAACAUAUCAACCGGCAGAUUGACAAAAAGAGAGUUCUUCGGUCUGCGAGACUUUUACGGAUUGAUCAAGAUGAUGUACGCUUUCAUUUCAACUUCAAACAAUCCACUCACAACCUUUGAACUGAGGCAUUCAAUUUUGAGAAAUUUCGGUGGACUCGACGAAGUGAAACCGUUGGAGAUAUUCAGUUCCCAUCUACAGUUUCCAAACACAAAGCCACGUAGCUCUGACCCUGACUGUUCUCAAAUGGGACUGAUCAAGGCAGCCCUAACGUUCAAAGAGGCUGUGGAUGGUCUUGAAAAUCGGUACCUUUUGCUGCUGACUGAGAACUACAGCUUCCUGUCAAUGUUACAGCACCAAAUACUUACAGUGAAAAAUCUUCGCUUGACCACAUUGUUUGGAAGCAGCUUCCCUAAGGACCAGGAAUACACACAAAUUUGCCGAAACAUCAACCGUAUCAAAUUGUGUAUGGAGAGUGGACAGGCUGUACUCCUUUUGAAUUUGGAAAACUUGUAUGAAAGUCUGUAUGACGUCCUUAACCAGUAUUAUGUUCUCUAUGGAGGCGAGAGAUACGUGGAUCUGGGACUAGGAACCAACAGAAUGAAGUGUAAAGUUCAUCCAAACUUCAGACUCAUUGUUGUUGCUGAGAAGCAGGUUGUUUACGAAACUUUCCCUGUCCCACUGAUCAACCGCCUUGAAAAACACCUGCUACGAGCUGAUAUGUUGCUGACAGAGGAACAAAGCAAUCUUUCAAAGGAACUCGACGAUUGGAUGGUGACGUGUACAACAAAUGGUUCACACAGGGAUUUGACAUGUGCAGAUGUGUUCAUCGGAUACAGUUCGGACAUGGCGCCUUUGACUAUUCUCAAAAUUUGGGGAGACGACAUGCAAAACAAGCAGAAGAGCUCUGACCAAAAGAUUUUGGAGACAUGCAAAGAAACUGUGAUGAAGACAAGUACGCCUGAUGGCAUUCUGCGUUUGGGACAAUCAGCUUCUAGUUCAAAAGAAACUAACUACCAGGAUUUAUAUUUCAAUGGAAUGCACGAUAGUGUUGUCGGUUUGCUGGAAUCUUUCAAUGUCAAGGAAAUCACGUCAGACUUGUUCAUACAGGUCACUACGUAUUCCCAGCUGUUGCCUGCCACAGCAAAGGACGACAUCUGUGUGCUAUUCAAACUACGUCCUUUUCAAGUAGAGAUUUUAAAUGUCAAAGCAUUUGAUACAGACCAAGAAUUCUGCAAGAAAAUUCGGGGUUUUGUUUCGGCACUUGAGUUUGAACCGGAAACACAACAAAAGGUUCUUAUCCUUCAAUGCGAUUCUGGAGAUCAAAAUUCUAAUCUGAUUGCCUGCGCACGUCACAGACUUCAAGAUGUCAUUCACGACAUGGGCAGUAAAAAGGAGUUCACCCUUUGUGUCAUCCUUGUUAUUCAGCUGCCCAAUAUAAAAGGAAGCUGUUUCACAGGAUUUCAGAGUGGUCAAUGGAUGUCUGUACACAUAGACGAUAUCAACAUGGAAACUAAAAAAAGGGACCUUCGAGGAAUAUGCCAAAUGACCUAUGUAGAACUCUUACAGAAGUCAAUUGUUUCAGGGCAGCAACAAACAGCUAUCGAUAUAUCUCAACUCCUCAAAAACUGUCUAUGUCUGUCCCUUGCAAAAGUUAAAGACCCUGAUCAGGAGAGGUCUAACCGUGGCUUGAAACGAAUCAGUUAUGUGAUGGACCUCAUUCAGCUGAAACCAAAUUCAGAGAACAACCAAGGCAGCGUAACAUUUGUUGAUGGUAUAGUGAAUAUCAUUCUGAGCUUACAAAAACAAAAGGAUGAACGGAUGGCUAAAGUAUCCGGACAAGCUCCUAAGAUUGCGCGGGAGGCUUGUAACUCUGACAGUGUACGUCGAGCAGGCACUUUCAGGAGAUCUGUUACGAGAAGUAUAGAGACGAGGAUAUCUACCUCUUUGUCAUAUGCAAUAGCAUACCUGGAUACCAACCAAAAUCUCGAUCUCAUUACCAGUGCCAGUUCUCUUGACGAGCGCAUCAGUUGGGCAGCGACUUUCUUUUUGAAAGUCUUAAACAAUAAUGAAAGUCUGAUGUUGCAAUACAAGGAUAUGCUUAGUACAGGUGGAAAAGAACCUAGCCUGUUCUAUGUGAAAACCACUGGUUAUAAAGACCAAGCGUUUCCUGCAAAGAUGCCUUUCUCCUGGAUCAUAUUUGCUAAUAUUGACAAGAUCUAUCGACGUAUCGCUGCUGACAAAGAACACGAAUUCUCUAAUUCAGAAGUAGCAAAGAUUGUAUCUACAACUCUGUCUAUAGUCGGAGAUUUGGACGGAAGUCUCACGUCUAAGGAGGAGAGAGCGGAGGCUACAAGACAAUACCUUCACGACUUCAUUCACAUGACCUUUCAGUGUGAAACUCACUCUGUGACCAAGAUUUUGGAAACUACGUUUCAUCAAGCCUGUAAGGAAAAGGGUUACAACAUUUAUGCCAGCAAUAUGGCCUUGAACCUCGUCAACAUUCAUCACAUUAGGACUGUUUUGUAUGAAAGACUAGAAAACUUUCAGAUGCUGAGAAGGAUGUGGCCUCAAUGUGACGUUUAUGUGAAUAGAGAAAUGAAGUCAGAAGGCAAUGAGGUUAUGUUUGAUGUAGUAGCCCUACGAGGACAGGUGGAAGACCUAAGUGAAGCUUGUGGAACCGUUGAAGCAGGAAAUUGGCUGACUAGGGUGGAUAGAUGUGCCCUGCUGAUUGCCACCAUACUAAAAGGAGACGGACAUACCACUGGCUAUGGCAAAACAUGCGUAGAAAUGUUAACUACGAUACGAAAAGAAUGGAAUCGAGUUUUGGCAUUGAAAAUGCUUUAUGAAGAAGUGACUCUGAAGUCAGAGACUGAACUCAAACAAGUUUUCGAUAUGAGAACGGUAUUGGAACCUCUCAAGACAUUCUCACUCAAAGAAAAAUCAGGACUAGAAAAAUUAGAUGAGUUCAUGAAAUCAUGCAAAGCGGCAGCUUUAAAGCACACCACCAAAAACACUGAAGAGGCUGAUGGCAGACAUAUAGACAACUUUUACAUGCGUGUCGUAUCACAACUUUGUUUUGCCAACAACACCCCUCCAUCAGAUGAAGUGGUUAAGAUGCUACUGGACCAUAUGACAAGUGGAUUAACUGCAAAUGAGGACGACAGACUCCAAACAUUUAGUACUGGGGCUGGAACGAAAACCACUGCGAAGUCCUUCUUUCUUCAGCUACUUCUUCGCACAAGAGGAGACCUGGUAAAACGACAUAUAGAAAGAUUCUUCCAUCAGGCUAGAUCUGGUUUAAUAAACUUACUCAAAAGGUUUGUUGGAUCCGGUACGAAUCCUGCAGACAUCCGAAUACUGGAAUUCUGUUCCAUGGUCGUGAAAUGCAUAGAAGAUUCUUAUCGGGCACGUUUAACUGAAAAGGACCCGUUAUUUGCACAAGAAAUUCAGGAAGCACUGCACAAACUAACGUGGGCAAGCGAACAGCAAUUCCAGAGUGGCCUUCACUAUGGCAAUUUGGAAAUCAUUGCCAGUAUGCAGUUUGGAUUGAAAAUUACAUCAACUUGCCUGCAGAAAUGUUUUGUGGAAAAAACCGAGGGAAGGUCUGAAGCCGUGGUAAAACUACUGUCUGCAGCGAAAAUCAUAUGUACACAAAAGGGAAUGAGCUACCCGCAUGAAUACCUUAUUCGGGAUCUGUGCGAGAAGUAUGGCAAUAGCAGCUACCAAUAUCUGGUCAAAGACAUUGCCACUAUGGACAGGAGUGUAACAUGGUUUGCCUUAUGCCCUGCUACGAAAGGGAACCUAGAAUGUGAACAUCGUUACCUUGUGUGUGGACCACAAUACAAAAAAGUACGAAACGACCUGAAGGAUACCAUACAACAAAUACUUAAAGAUCAAAACCAAACUCCGACACAUCAUGGUAUGGAUAGUCAGAUGCAUACAAUAUUCCUCACACUGGCUGUCCACAGAGAGAUCACGUUAGCUUAUUUGCAAGGCAGUAUAUUGUAUCAUACUGAGAUCAAAUCAAGAAUCAUAGAAAAUCUUCAGGGAAAAGUUGCUGAACAACAAAACAUAACAGCACAUGUGUGCGACCUGGUCAAUAACCAGACAGCCAAGAGUAUGUCUUACUUGAGCUUUAGAGAAGGACUUGACCUCCAGCAGCAAGGGAUAAUCUGUCUUCUGGAGCAUAUGUAUGUGCUGUUGGUGGUCUUAGAGGAUUCGAAUUCCUUGCUGUCUCCAUUUGCAAAGGUUGCUCUUGCGCCUAAAUGCAUGCAGAAAGCCUAUCUCCCAACAAUGCCAGAAGAAGUAAAUUAUAAGCAAAUGCUGACAGAAAUUCGACGUGCAGAUCCUGGCGCUACAUUAAACGUAUGUCCAAACGGUCAUCCUUAUAUCAUUGCAAACUGUGGACGCCCGUGGGUUGAAUCUAAAUGUACGGAAUGCGGGGCAGCCAUCGGAGGAACUGGGCACAAAUUCUCGAAAGGAAACAGAAAAGUUCAAGAAAGUGAUUUCGUCACUGACCCUACACAAGAUCAGGGUCACGUACUCGGCGAUCCAACGACGCGAACUGCCUCGAGUGCUGUGAGGGAUUUAACACCAGUAUCGUCAGGAAUACUUCGGCUGUUCACACAUGCUGCACUUCUUCUAGGAGCAAAUACUAACCCGCAGAGAAUACUGUCGAUGAUAAAACCAACGAUUGCUUUCGGAGAACUACAGGGGUUCCUCGUAGGUCACCUGAGGCGGGACAUUGACAACCUGCACCGAGACCUUGCCAGAAGCCAUGACGAUGUAUUCCUACUCUGUCAUUAUGCACUGGAUGUUAUCUCACGCGGUUGUUUGAGCGGAUCGCUACGGAGCAGUGAAAGUACACUGGAAAGUUCACAAAGGCGAACUACCUGGGAGAGAAUCAUACAGACGAACGUUUUAAUGAGGAUUGCAAGGGAUUCCGGACAGAUCUUGAAAACGUGCCGAGAAAACCUUAAAGGAGAAAAUGAGACUGGCGGCUCCAGUGUACAGCUGUCGGCUUUACUGGAGACAGACUGGGGAUUAGAUAGCAAUCCUAGUUGUGACAACGCACAUGAAAGUUGUAUUUUGUGGAAAAGACAUGGAAGGGUUAGCGUAGAGGGCUUUGUGACUGAUUUUCUCAGCGGUAAACUAACAGACGAACAGAACAACCAGAGUUUGCUUGCACAUUUCAUUACUAAGCUAGACAGGAUGCAGUUGGUGAAACAUCUUCCAGACAUCUUAGAUCUUCAAAGGUCGCUGCUUCGGAUGUUUAAAAGAAAAAUGGACAGGACAGGGGCAAAAGAGACCUCCAUCAAGCAGUUCCUUAUAGAUAUGAAAAAACACAACAACAUCGAUGAACGUGACAUGGACAACAUAAGAAAACAAAUUCAUAUAUGCAUGGAUGUAUGGACAAAGAUGAACGAAUAUCUCCAAAACUAUGGAUUGGUCAUCGAAAAGAAAGGGUUUACAGUUAGAAGGGUAGUGCCAUCUUCGAUACGGAAAUUGACCAUUACAUACGAAAGCCCUUUGGAAUUAUUGCUGCCAUCUGUCGAUGGUCAGGGACUCUGUGCGUUUGUCUUAGUGGAAUUUCUCAUCAGGACACAAAACGACUUCAUUGAGGAAUACUGUCGUAUUUGCAACAUUCAGUUUGCGGAUAUUCCUCUUGUCUACCCAAAAGAUGUUAUCCAGGCAAACGUCAUUAUUGUUGAUAAAAACGCACAUCUCCUGCCGUUGAUUUUGUCAAACUGCAAAUAUGAGGUUGACGCAGAAAAGGGACAAAGGUUCGAGUAUGACAUAGAAGGCAUUGCAAGACAACUGAAGGAUCGAUUUAUCAGCGGACGAUCAAGGAUUGCAAUAAAAAGUAUUCCAACAAUGAUGUACAGAUCGGAUACAGCAGAGACGUGGUCUCACAAACAAUUGACAGAAGUGUUACCUCAGGUCCCCAUGUCCGAGACAUUGAAAGAGAUGGUGUUAGCUGACUUGUUGUCAUUACCACGACUGUAUCAAGCUCUGGACAAUUUGGAUAUGACAAUAAGUCUUCUGUGCUGCCUUCCGAAGGGAGUUGACAACUCGGACCGCUCACUGUUUGAUUUCAUGACGAAGACACUACGAAUGCCCGACACUGAAUUAGGGCAACAGGUUGAACGGUCGUGUAGGUUCAAGCAUGUAGUAUCCCUGUGGCUAGCGCUGUCAAUGAAGAAAGAUUUUCUCCUUCAACGAAAUAAUCAGGAUGCAUUUCAAUGUUUGGAAAUGAAGUUCAAGACAGAACAAUUAGACGGAAACAUGCAGAAACAAUACCAGGAAUUCCUUCGCAAUCUGACAAAAUCCAAUCAAAGACAGCUGAUAGAAACACUGUACGAAUGUAUCGUGCUACGAUUUCCUAGCGAUGAAACAGACGAAGAGCAAUUAGACUACACUAGAAUGAGUUUAUCCAAUGUAUUGUAUGGCCAUGUGUCAGCCCCCAUUUACGACGAGAAACAAACAAGAGAUGCAGGAAUUGUGUUGUUAGAUGAGGAUGACGACGCCAUUCUGAACUUUCCUCCAGACCUAGAGGGUUCGAAAGCUGUCGCUGCCUGGUCUAUGGCGAUGGACUUAUUCCAAGCUGGGCAAUAGAUACCUCUAAAUCUUUACUGACAGUUUGACAAAACGUACUGUAAUGCAGAGGUACUAAAGGCUUGAUGUUAUGCUAACCCUAACCUUAAAACGUACAACGCAAUACGUUCUAAAUAAACUUCAAAGGGUGUUGCUUAGCCGAAAAUAAAACGUUACAUCUAGACUAUACCAUUCCGGAUAUUUAUGUUCAGGAAAUGAUUUUUUCACUGUGUUUUGAAUUUUCAAUUGAAAGAAUGUUCAUAGCACUUAUGAUAUAUGUAUAUGAUAUAAAUGACUUGUUUUGGUGUGUUGGCGCAAUAUUAUUUUAAGUUUCCUAUUUAGAUUGCUUUCCAUGUUCAAUAUACCAGUUUUAAUAUAUAAUUUGUAAACAUAGAUGACGUUUUUGUUUCUUGGUAAUUAACUUUAUUUCACUCGGGUACGCACUCAUGAAAAUGUUCCAAACAAAUUUAACCUACAAGUGAUAUAUUUAUUCACGAAGAAACUAACAAAAAUAUGUAUAUUAAUUUCUUUUAUGAAAACACUGGCUUCAGUGAAGAGAAAAUGUCAAGACAAGGAAUGCUGUAAAAAAAUAUAUCGUGUUAUCAGCGACGCCACUAUUGACAAGGCUCCUAUUGUUAUCAGCGACGCCACUAUUGACAAGGCUCAUAUUGUUAUUUUUCACAUUGAACCCUGCGCUUUGAUUGCGCGGUCUAGUGCGAAAGUAACAAAAAGUGCUUUUUGGCACAGUAGAAAAUAUCAGUAUAAUUUAAAUCGUAUAAUUUACUGGUUAAUCGUAAUAUAUAUAUUAAUAUGUUAUGAACGUUUAUUAUGAAACACACUUCUGCGUUACAUAUGAUUGUGUGUUGUUGAGAGUCGUUUAGCAUUCGUGUUUUGUAAACUUCCUUUUCGCCUUUAUACGCAAUUCGACUAUAAUAUGAAGUCGUUUGUUAUUCAAGAUUUUUCUUAUAAUUUUGUAAAUAGAUAAAUAAUAUUAUAUUCACCACUUAUGUUAGUGCCAAAUCGAAAUGAAAAAUAUUUCACAAAAUUAUAUGCAGCAACGUUAUCUUUAACAAUGCAGCUAUUUGAGAUGGUCGUAUUUGAAAACAAUGCAUGUAUAUUGUGUAGGAGUCUUGUAACUUAAUUAAAUAUUUCGAUUGAUGUUGUUUAUAUCCUUUUAUCCAUAAAUGGAACAUUCCUUUAUACACUUAUCUAUAGAUGUCGUCACAUAUCACGUCAUUUAUAACUUUUGAUGCGUUAUCAAUAUCCGUUCAACUUUAAUAUGUAGAGUUAUUGUUUUUUUAUCGAUCUUAAUGACAGUAUAUUUAUACUAUUUUUUUUAUUUAUUUUUCUAUUCUCUUUGUGAUGCUUAUCAUUACCAAUGGUGUAUAUUCUAAUCCCUAAAAUAACAACAAUAUGGUAUAUUGUACCUUCAUAUGUGUUUCCACGCUGAUGAAGAUAAAACAUUCGCACAUGAUUUCACGCUGGAUAGAUUAAAAAGUCUGUAAAGCGACUUCUUAACAGAUUCCGAUUGUCUUUGUAAAACUGCGUUCACAUCACAUCGGAAAUUAUGAAACACUGUAUCAGAAAUUCCUUUGUAUAUAGUAUUUAUUAUUACAGGUCAGGGAACCAUGUAAUUAUUAUAAAAUAGAACAAGUGAGAUAACCAUGUAUGUAUAUAUGAUAAACAUAUCAGGCGAACCUAUGGUACGUAAGAUAAUCAUAUAUACAUUGUUUAAUGAAUAUAUGAAAAUAUGUACUUAGUAUGAUAUGUAGGAUCACUUGUCAUUUGUUUUAUCGUAAAUAUCACUAAACAAAAAAACAACCGUCAUGUAUAAAAUAUAAUAACAGAUGUUCGUUACCAAAGUUAUUAUGUGAUUUCUUAAUAAUGUUCAAUAUGUCAAUACUUUUCUGACACAUUCACUUUUACAAAUGCCAACAUAUUGGAUGCUAACAAUGAGUGUUUAAAUCAUCAUCAUAGGACCACUUGAAGAUUUCCUAAAUUCAAGUUUUUAUCUGGUUACAUGCUUAUCUUUAAA